GGCGGCGUGUUGUUUCAUGUGGCGAGCUUGGUCAGAAUAGUGGCUUAAGCCAUGGCAUUCCCUUAGCAAAGAGGUCCUCAGAAGCGGCGAUUGCGAUAGCUGCGAUCACAUAGUCCAAUGAUGAAUAUAGCGUGUCGACUUCGUCGGGUAUCUAUCAAAGUAAGCUGCGUCUUCACGUGACCGUGCUGAAGCCGAAUGUCUUGGCGUCAGCGCUCGGGCCAACAUCCACAGACCCGCAUCUGCGUGCGCAAGGCGUAUGGUUUGUCGUAAAUGUACCAUACACGCGGCUCUACAUCUCUUUCCGUCAUCGCAUACCGUUGGUUGCUUGUGUCCGCACCCUGUUGCUCAUCGUGAACAUACGGAAGUCGACAGCGCAACACUAUGGAGGCGGGCAAGAAGCGCAAGGCCGCAAACGCGAUAACACCCUCGUCAGAAGGAGGGAGCGCGUCGAAGAAGCUGAAACUGCUCAACUCCAACCAUGCAUCAACAACAGUGACAAGCUCGCAGACGGAGGUGCAAGUGCUCGGUCUGCGCCUAGUAAAGCAGUUGCGCGAGCAGAAGGACAAGCAUGGACGUUAUGUCGCUACACAGUUUCUUACACUCCCACCACGAAAGGACAUACCGGAGUAUUACGAGUUCACCAAGCUGCCGCUUGCGCUCGAUAUCAUCGAGAGGAAGCUUCACAAGAAUGCAUAUCCCACCAUGACCGCGCUGGAAAGCGACCUGAAGCGCAUGAUCCAGAACGCCAAAGAUUAUAACGACCCUAAUAGCGAGAUUUACGAGGAUGCCGAACGCAUACGGAAAGUCAUGUACAACUACAUGCGUGCUAACAACCCAGCAUACCGAGACGACCCGAACUACAGUGCCUUCGCCACUCCACUACCGACGACCGAUGGCAAUGGCACCGUUAACGGUACGCAUGCCGGCCACGAGGAGGAGGCGGAAGACGUGAGGGAUGUCGCGAGUGCUGUACGACGCUCUGAGCCUCCAGCGUCGAAGUACUCAGAGGCACCGUCAGACCGAAAGCCGUCCAUGGCACCUAGUGCGGCGACUCCCGGCGACGACGAUGACGGCGGCGCUGUCACGACUGGCGACCUUGACCUCACUGGAUUCUCAUUUCAAGAUGCACAGCAAAAGAUCAUUACGCAUCUCUUGCAUUACUCUGAUAACGAGGAAGGCUUGGAGAUCUACACGCCUUUCGCCAACUUGCCCACUAGGAAGCUGGAGGAUUACUACCAGCUGAUCAAGCAUCCAGUGUCACUCAAAGGCGUGCUGAAGCGCACCAAAGGUAUCCACGGCCGUGCCCCACCCACAGGCGUUUCCGACUUCAAGACCUGGGAUGCGUUCGAGGAGGAAGUCAGCUUCAUCUGGCGCAACGCGCAAGAAUACAACGAAUCGGGCAGCGAAAUGUUUAACCUCGCGGACGAGCUCAAAGAGCACGUCAAGCAGCUACUUGCUAAUGCACGAGAGAAGGUCGAGGAGCCAGCUGGACCACGUAUCAAGCUGGGUGGCCCUAAACCAAAAGUGACACUCAACCUUGCGCAGCACCGCGGCUCGCCUACACCAGGUGUACACGUCGACAACGAAGCACUACUCCGCCAAAAGCAGAUGGUCGCCGCGGGUGUCAAUGGCCAACAAGCACGCCCUUCACCUAUGGUGAACGGCGCUGCACGCUCAAGCUCUCAAGUACCGACUCUCGAACCUCGACCACAAAGCAGCGCGCAUUCCGGGUCACCUCUCGGCGGCGGCAUAAAGGCCGAAAAGAUGCCAUCGCAAUCACCUGCCCUUACCGCCGCACUACCAGCCGCUCUCACCAACGGCAUGAUGCCGCCACCCGCCGUACGAGGGAGUCCCUUUCCCAUGUCGCAACCGACGAGCAGCUAUAACUACACCUCCCUCCUCCCUCCGCUCGCCGUCCGGCCAUACGACAUCUCCAUGGCCCUUCUACCAAGCGUAACAGUCUCAACACACCCGCAGCUCCCGAUCCCCAAGCGCUUCAGCACAUCCAUCCCCGCUCACGACCACCUCUCCACCCAGUCAACGACCAUCACGCUGCCGAACAGUCACUACUUCCUCCAAAUCGCACCGACGAUCAGCAAACAGCUCAGCAUGGGUCGGCCGUACAAGCUUUUCGUUACACUGAAUGGCGUGAGGCUGAAUCAGAGGGAUACGCAGUUUGAUGCUCAGACCGGACGGAGGACGCAUGUCUAUGAGGGGAGUCUGAUGCAGGGCGUCAAUCGGCUGGAGGUGGAGGUUGCGGCGUCGAAGGUUGAAGGUGGGGAGAAGGGGAGGGAGAAGGAGGGGUUGGAUGUGGAGAAGGUUACGGUUUUUGCUAAUCUGAUGAAGGCUUGA